CACUCCAGCCUGGCAACAGAGCGAGACUCCAUCUCAAAAAAAAAAAAGAAAAGAAAAAAGAAAAAUAGAAUGGAAUAUUCACACAAUACCCAUGAGAAUUGUUCCUAAUAAAUUUGAAGGCAUCCUUUAUGUGACUUUGGGUAAUUAAUUUACAAAAAUUUCGCCCGGGCGCGGUGGCUCAUGCUUGUAAUCCCAGCACUUUGGGAGGCCAAGGCGGGCGGAUCACGAGGUCAGGAGAUCGAGACCACGGUGAAACCCCGUCUCUACUAAAAAAAUACAAAAAAUUAGCCGGGCGUGGUGGCAGGCGCCUGUAGUCCCAGCUACUCGGAGAGGCUGAGGCAGGAGAAUGGCGUGAACCCAGGAGGCGGAGCUUGCAGUGAGCCAAGAUUGCGCCACUGCACUCCAGCCUGGGCCACAGAGCAAGACUCCGUCUCAAGAAAAAAAAAAAAAAAAAAAAAAAAUUGUACUUUAUUUGUAUAUUUAGGAUUAGGAUAUAUAUAUUUAAACUCAAACAUUCAUGGCCAUUGGAUAAGGUGAGACCAAAUGGAAUCUAUUUGGAGAAUUUUACUCAUUUUUUUUGGACAACAAUUAAUUGUCCCCAGGAACAAUGAUAGCAAGAGUAUGUAUAGCAAUGAGGACCUGUACUGCAAAAAUUGGAGUCAUUACUACCCUUAAAAUAAAUAUCUAUUCAAAAGAACACUGUUGAGUACAUACUAUGUGGCAGAUGUUGUGUUUAGGCAUAUUAUCCUAUUUAACACUCAUGACAACCCUAUUAGAUAAGUGCAAUUAUUAUGAUCAUUUUACAGAGAUAUUGAGGGAGUAUGUAAUUUUCCCCAAAUCACAAAAAUCUGAAAGUUGGCCAGGCAUAGUGACUCACGCCUGUAACCCCAACACUUUGGGAGGCUGAGGCAGGCGGAUCACUUGAGGUCAGUAGUUCGAGACCAGCCUGGCCAACAUGGUGAAACCCCGUCCCUGCUGAAAAUACAAAAAUGAGCCCGGCGUGGUGGCGGGCGCCUGUAAUCCCAACUUCUCAGGAGGGUAAGGCACGACAAUCGCUUGAACCGGGGAGGCAGAGGUUGCAGUGAGCCAAGAUCGCACCACUACACUCCAGCCUGGGUGACAGAGUGAGACACAGACUCGAAAAAAAAAAAAAAAAUCUGGCCGGGCGCAGUGGCUCACACCUGUAAUCCUAGCACUUUGGGAAGCUGAGGAGGGUGGAUCACCUGAAGUCAGGAGUUCAAGACCAGCCUGGCCAACAUGGCGAAACCCCGUCUCUACUAAAAAUACAAAAAUUAGCCGGGCGUGGUGGUGCACACCUGUAAUGCCAGCUACUCCGGAGGCUGAGGAAGGAGAAUUGCUUGAACUCGGGAGGUGGAGGUUGCAGUGAGCCGAGAUCGCGCCACCGCUCCAGCCUGUGCGGCAGGAGCGAGACUCCAUUUCAAAAAUAAAUAAAUAAAUAAAUACAUAAAUCUGAAGGUUCUAUCAGACUCCAAAGUUCCUGCCUCAGCCUACUUCAGCAUCUUUAUCUUGUACCCCACAUCUCUACAACCCACCCCCUACUGGUCUCAUUGGCCUCCUUUCUGUUCCUGGAAGUGAGCCAAGCUUUCUACCCACACCCCCCCACCCCACUCCACUCCAAGACUUGCACUGUUUAGGUUUUCUUCAGUUGUUGCAAGGCUGGCUCCUUCUCAUCUCAGAUAUCUGUUCUAGAUUAAUUCUUCCCACCAUACUUCUCACCGUGUUUUAAUUCCUUCAUAGUAUUUGUGAAACUCUGAAUUUUUUUUUAUUAUUUCCCACCAAAUGAUAAGCAGAUCUACCUUUAAUACCUCAUUCACUGACUGAAUGGACGAAUAAAACUGUCUACUUCUCCACCACGUGGAGGUCUUGGACAGUACCGUGUUAUAACAAAGGCCAUCUGUGUUGUGUCGACAGGCCAUCGGAACUCUUUUGAGGUAUUACACAUUUCCUACUGCCAUCUCAGUUUAUUACAGAGCCUUUUAUACUUCCGGGACAGUAGUGACUUACUACUGAGGCCUCUCAGGGGAAGACCGGGAUAAUUGAGUCCUGCUUCACCUAUCUCGGCUUGCAAGAAACGGUAUGGGUGGAGGCCUCUUUCAGUGCAUGCCGGCGCUGUAGGUGAACCCAGACAUAGAGGUGGAAGUGGAGUAGAAAGGCGGGGCCAACCGGAAGGGGCGGGUUCAUGGGCGAACCCACCCCUCCAGGCCGGGUUUCGUUCCCUCGCCCCGCCCCUUUCCCCGCCCGGACGGCUAUGGCCAUUCCCGGCAUCCCCUAUGAGAGACGGCUUCUCAUCAUGGCGGACCCUAGAGAUAAGGCGCUUCAGGACUACCGCAAGAAGCUGCUUGAGCACAAGGAGAUCGACGGCCGUCUUAAGGAGUUAAGGGAACAAUUAAAAGAACUUACCAAGCAGUAUGAAAAGUCUGAAAAUGAUCUGAAGGCCCUACAAAGUGUUGGGCAGAUUGUGGGUGAAGUGCUUAAACAGUUAACUGAAGAAAAAUUCAUUGUUAAAGCUACCAAUGGACCAAGAUAUGUUGUGGGUUGUCGUCGACAGCUUGACAAAAGUAAGCUGAAGCCAGGAACAAGAGUUGCUUUGGAUAUGACUACACUAACUAUCAUGAGAUAUUUGCCAAGAGAGGUGGAUCCACUGGUUUAUAACAUGUCUCAUGAGGACCCUGGGAAUGUUUCUUAUUCUGAGAUUGGAGGGCUAUCAGAACAGAUCCGGGAAUUAAGAGAGGUGAUAGAAUUACCGCUUACAAACCCAGAGUUAUUUCAGCGUGUAGGAAUAAUACCUCCAAAAGGCUGUUUGUUAUAUGGACCACCAGGUACGGGAAAAACACUGUUGGCACGAGCCGUUGCUAGCCAGCUGGACUGCAAUUUCUUAAAGGUUGUAUCUAGUUCUAUUGUAGACAAGUACAUUGGUGAAAGUGCUCGUUUGAUCAGAGAAAUGUUUAAUUAUGCUAGAGAUCAUCAACCAUGCAUCAUUUUUAUGGAUGAAAUAGAUGCUAUUGGUGGUCGUCGGUUUUCUGAGGGUACUUCAGCUGACAGAGAGAUUCAGAGAACGUUAAUGGAGUUACUGAAUCAAAUGGAUGGAUUUGAUACUCUGCAUAGAGUUAAAAUGAUCAUGGCUACAAACAGACCAGAUACACUGGAUCCUGCUUUGCUGCGUCCAGGAAGAUUAGAUAGAAAAAUACAUAUUGAUUUGCCAAAUGAACAAGCAAGAUUAGACAUACUGAAAAUCCAUGCAGGUCCCAUUACAAAGCAUGGUGAAAUAGAUUAUGAAGCAAUUGUGAAGCUUUCAGAUGGCUUUAAUGGAGCAGACCUGAGAAACGUUUGUACUGAAGCAGGUAUGUUCGCAAUUCGUGCUGAUCAUGAUUUUGUAGUACAGGAAGACUUCAUGAAAGCAGUCAGAAAAGUGGCUGAUUCUAAGAAGCUGGAGUCUAAAUUGGACUACAAACCUGUGUAAUUUACUGUAAGAUUUUUGCUGGCUGCAUGACAGAUGUUGGCUUAAUGUAAAAAUAAAGUUAAAGAAAAUAAUGUAUGUAUUGGCAAUGAUGUCAUUAAAAGUAUAUGAAUAAAAAUGACUAACAUCAUAAAAAUUAGUAAUUCAGCUUUUAAGAUACAGAAGAAAUUUGUUAAAGUUGCAUUUAUUGCAGCAAGUUACAAAGGGAGAGUGUUGAAGCUUUUCAUAUUUGCUGUGUGAGCAUUUUGUAAAAUAUUGAAAGUGGUUUGUUUGAGAUAGUGGUAUAAGAAAGCAUUUCUUAUGACUUAUUUUGUAUCCUUUGUUUUCCUCAUCUAAAAAGUUGAAUAAAAUCUGUUUGAUUCAGUUCUCCUACA